CGCGAAAUCUCGCGGUGCCGAUCUCGCGGGGCUGGCUGCGCGCUGCCUGUGGUGGAGGUCGUUGGAGUCACCGUCCCGCCGGGCCCGUCAUGCUGCUCGCCCGCCUCAGCGGCCCCGCCGCCGCCGCGCUCCGCAGGGGCAUCGCCACCUCGGCGCAGAGCAAUGCUAAAGUGGCCGUGCUUGGUGCCUCUGGAGGGAUUGGCCAACCUCUUUCCCUUCUACUGAAGAAUAGCCCCUUAGUGAGCAACCUCAACCUGUAUGAUAUUGCUCACACCCCUGGCGUUGCAGCUGACCUCAGCCACAUUGAGACAAGAGCCAAUGUCAAAGGUUUUAUUGGAUCUGAGCAGUUGCCAGACUGUUUGAAGGGCUGUGAAGUUGUAGUUAUUCCUGCAGGAGUCCCUAGAAAACCAGGUAUGACCCGUGAUGACCUGUUCAAUACCAACGCUACCAUUGUUGCGAAUUUGACGACUGCUUGUGCCAAGCACUGUCCAGAAGCCAUGAUCUGCAUUAUUGCUAACCCGGUAAAUUCUACCAUUCCAAUAACCUCUGAAAUUUUUAAGAAGCAUGGGGUUUAUAAUCCCAACAGAAUCUUUGGUGUUACCACACUGGACAUUGUCAGAGCAAAUACUUUUGUGGCUGAACUUAAGGGCUUAGAUCCAGCUCGAGUAAAUGUUCCCGUUAUUGGUGGUCAUGCAGGGAAGACUAUCAUCCCUCUGAUCUCUCAGUGUACACCGAAAGUGGAGUUCCCUCAGGAUCAAUUGGAGACACUUACAGGCAGAAUUCAGGAGGCUGGUACUGAAGUUGUGAAAGCUAAAGCAGGAGCAGGAUCUGCCACCUUAUCUAUGGCAUAUGCUGGUGCCAGGUUUGUCUUUUCUGUCCUGGAUGCAAUGAAUGGAAAGGAAGGGGUUAUUGAAUGUUCCUUUGUUAGAUCGGAAGAAACAGAGUGCCCAUACUUCUCCACACCUUUGCUACUUGGGAAAAAUGGAAUUGAGAAGAAUCUAGGUAUUGGCAAGAUCUCUCCGUAUGAAGAAAAGAUGAUAGCUGAGGCCAUGGCUGAGCUGAAAGCUUCUAUCAAGAAGGGAGAGGAGUUUGCGAAGAGCAUGAAGUGAAGAGUGGAUAGGGAAGAAGAAUCACAGUUUCCUUAAUUUAUUAAGGCAUCAUGUCACUUUAAAAGACUCCAGAUGCAAAGCCUGAGCUUUGAUCAAAGUCACUCUGUAUUAGUGUAUUAUCUGCUCUCAAUUGGAAUUCUACUCAUCAAUAAAACAGCCUCCUAUUUUUUUUCAGGGUA